AUGUACCAAGUGCUUUGUUGCGGCUCGAACGGCCAGUAUCAGUUGGGCAUCGGCAACGAUACUGACCAGCUGGAGUUGGUGGCUGCGAAGUUCGAAAUCGACGGAACCGUCACCACACAAUUGGCAGCUGAGCCUGUUGAGGUCGUUUGCGGUGGAAACCACACGUUGGUGCUCUUUUCCACGGGCGAAAUCUACAGCUGUGGUGAUAAUACGUUUGGCCAAUGUGGACAUCAAGGAGGCCAGACCAUUGAAGUGUUCAGAAAAAUCGAUGGCAAGUGGGCUAAAGCUGCCUGUGGCUGGGAAUUCACCAUCCUCGUGGACCUUGAAGGGAAAGUGUACUCAUGUGGCCGAGGACUUAAAGGCGAACUCGGACUAGGCAAAGGGGUGGACGGAAAUCAGCUCCGUGAAGUUAUCGACUUUGGGCCACAAGCAGUUCUAAGCGUGCGUUCUUCGUUGAACCACACAGUGGUUCAAUUGGCUGAUAAGCGUCUUUUUGGAUGGGGAAAUGCCCGAAAGGGCCAAUUGGGUGUCCAGAAUGCCAUUGGCACCAAGCUCGAGUCUGUGAUAUGGCAACCACGCCAGCUCAAGUUCGAAGGGUUGGACGACCUCCAAGUGCGCUUUUUCGACGUCGGGAGAGAUUACACGGCCUUCUACUCCAACGACUACAAAGAGUACGGUAAGAAAGCAACGGAGAAAGUGCAUGUGAAUGGAGACGUGGUUGGAUUGAGGACCAUGUGGUCGUCGUCCCACUUGCUAGUCAAGAACGAGAAACACCUUUCUAUCAAGUCGUUUGGCAAUGAUAGCCAUGGCCAGUUGUUCCCGCAAAGUGCACAUCCAGUAGUCCAACAGUUCGAAAUUGGCAGCGAACAUGGACUAAUCUUGACGGAUCAGAACUCGGUUAUGGCGUGGGGAUGGGGAGAGCACGGAAACUGUGGAGAGAGGUCAGGCGAUGAGGUAUACGAGGAUGACUUGAGCGCUGCUGCCGUCACUUAUUCCCUCAACACCAUCUACAAUCAAGCACAUCCAGUAACCCGAUUGGGAAGCGGAUGUGCUACCUCAUGGAUAACCAUAAGGAAACUGUGA